GCAGAGUAUAUGGGAGUUGAAUUCGAUUACGUGUUUGGAAAUUGGAAAUCGGUCUCACUGCUUCCCCCAAUCGUCUUCUGCAGUCGCCGGAACUGAAUAUCGCCGCCUUCGUUUAUGGCAACUGAAGAAGCUCCUUCCUCUUCGACGCCUGUCGACGGCGGCGCUCAUCUUACUCAUCCUCCUUCCACUGACAUAGCAGCUUCUGCUUCUUCGGCCAUUGAUUUUCUCACCCUCUGUCAGCGCCUCAAGACAACGAAAAGAACUGGAUGGAUUUAUAAAAGAGUCAAGGAUCCGGAAUCCAUAGCAGAUCAUAUGUACCGAAUGGGAAUAAUGGCGCUCAUCAGUUCCGAUAUUCCGGGCGUCGAUAGAGACAAGUGCAUAAAAAUGGCAAUUGUUCAUGACAUUGCAGAAGCAAUUGUUGGUGACAUUACCCCAUUUGAUGGGGUUUCAAAGUUGGAAAAGAAUAGAAGAGAACAAGAAGCACUAGACCACAUGUGCAAAUUGCUUGGUGGUGGUUCAAGAGCCAAGGAAAUCGGUGAAUUGUGGAUGGAGUAUGAGAAUACUAGUUCGCCAGAAGCUGAAAUUGUGAAGGAUCUUGAUAAGGUGGAGAUGAUUCUUCAAGCUCUAGAAUAUGAAAAUGAGCAAGGGAAGGAUUUGGAUGAGUUCUUUCAGUCAACUGCAGGAAAGUUUAAGACAGAGCUGGGACGAGCUUGGGCAGCUGAAAUAGUAUCAAGGAGAAGAAGGGAUGUUGAUAAUGGCACUACAGCCAACACUUCAGUGAACUAACAUACCAAUUCACAGCCACAAAUUGAGGUUACAUUUCGAAAACUACUGUCAUUGAUGAUCAUUAUAUGCAAUUUUUUUGUUGUUUCCUUAGACCUUAAAGGACAUAGUUGUAGAACCUAUGCAAUAGAUUCCGUUGUAACUGUAUGCAAUUUAUUGUUGAAUGGCAAGAAACCAUGUUUACUUCA